GCUGUCGCCUACUGUCGAAGAUUCGAGUCGUGCGCCUACAAUCCGGCAGGUCAGAAAGGUCCAUUGCGAUUUUGACCUGGACGUCUGUAUUGAAAACAAAACAUUAUUCUACGCGAAUUCGUAAAUUGAACGCGAUCUACGUUUGGAGCCGGGUUUCAGAAUAGUCCAGCAUGCCAGAUGUGAAGGACGAAGAAGGGGACAAGAGUAUGGAGAGGGAAGACUCGGGUGGACCUAGUGGGACUGGAGAUGGGGGUAGAUCAAAGAAGCGUAGAAACUUGAGGGGUGUGGAUCCUUCUUUGAUCAUCAGUCAGGACAGGAGCAAGAGACGAAAGACACCGACACCUGAGCCUGAGGCUCGGGACUCGAAGGACGCCGUGGAUCCUAAAGACAAGGACAGAGCGAAGCGACUGGGUAUGGAGAUCUAUGAAAAGAUCAUGGCAUCGAAAGACAAAGAGGGCGGAUCGAUGGCAGAACCAUUCAUAAAACUGCCGAACAAGCGCUCCUUCCCCGAUUACUACGAGACCAUUCCGCACCCGAUAUCGCUGGAGAUGGUUCACGCUAGACUACAAAGCUCAUCGUAUGAGACAUUAGGAGCAGUCUGCAGUGAUCUUGGGCAGAUCUUUUGGAAUGCGAAAAGAUAUAACGUGAAAGAAUCUCUCAUCUUUCAGUAUGCAAAGAAGCUACAUAAAAUGACCAAAGCAUUCCAAGCGUCCGCCACGGCGUCGUCGGCAAAGAUCGAAUCCGAAUCAGAGGCAGAGGCAGAGCCAGAGCCAGAGGAGGAGGAAGAGGCUCCACCGAUGGACCGGGAAGUCUCCCGUGAUUCCGGCAUGGCAGAUACGUCCAUGGAGGUUGAUGAGGGCGAUGUUGGAGGUCAAGAAGGUGGCCCAUCAAACGCCAGUAUGGAUGGAGAGUCACAGACCGGGGGCGCUGGAAGCUCUGGACGAAAGGGGAUCAAACGCGGGGCCUAUAUGAAGGAUGGUCCGACCGUUUACAAAUUGGUCAAACCGGUAUUAAGGAUGAUCAAGGAGGCCAAAGCGAGAGACGGAAGCGGAAGAGAGAUCGCUGGGAUUUUCAUGGACCUGCCUGAUCGCGAAGAGCUGCCCGAUUACUAUACUACCAUUACAUCACCGAUUUCGUUGUCCAAUAUUGAGUCAAAAAUGGUGGCGAGAUUAUACAACACGCAUGAGCAGUUCUUCGAUGAUCUCGAUCUCAUGUGCGCGAAUGCUUUCACGUAUAAUGAGGACGAUUCCGAGGUCUUUAGAGAUGCACAGCAGAUAAAGACCAUUGCCGAUGGACAGCGCCUAGUAAUACGGGAUCGACUCAACCACGAGGAGGCCAUGAAAUCUCGCUUUCCCGCGGCUGCUGCAAAUCCCAUGCGUUACGGCGGUCCAGCGGGGCCUCUGCCUCAGUAUCAGCAAUCCCCUGCCGGUGCUCCCAGACACGGCUACAACACAUCCGGCAUACCGCCGAAUCCCCCUCAGCGUGCUCCUUACCUGCAACCAUUACCACGAGGGGUCGUGAACGAGGACAUUGUCGCCUCGCUCAGCCGAUAUCCUGUCCAUGAACAAUCAGCGUGGGUCAAUUCGCUCCCACCGCAAGGCAUGCAAAUCUAUCGCUCUAUAGUCUCUGCGAACGAGAAUCGCAGACGCACCUCCAUCACGCCGUCGAUGCCCUCCGCCCAGACUCAUUCCCCAUCAGUCGUCAACGGUGGUAGUGGAUAUGGGCAACUCGCCGAGUUGCCGAGUUCUGCCCGCCCUGGUGGUGUGUCUCCCCUUACCAAUCGUCAAGCUCCUCCUUAUCCCACUGUCAAACACCUCGAUUUCGCCUUUGCGACGCCAGACUCGCCGCCAGAACGGCGUCAAAUGAUCAGGUUAUACAAUCUUCGAGGUGUUGUCACUCAUGCGGUGAUCCUCGGGCCCGAAACGACCGAGUUGGAAGUCACCGCUUACGUGGCGGAUGAGAAGGAGCCAGUCAAAGACACGAACGCCAACGGAAUUAAAGUCGAAUCGCCAGACGUCUCUCUCAGGAUCAAUGGUACUUUGUCCGGUUCGCCUGAAUUAAUAUACUCCGGGGCGGUCAAUGGAGCAGACGCCAGCGAAGGAGGCUCUCCCAAACCGUCGCCAGUGGGCAUGAAGUGGAAGAUCGCUGUUCCCCCGGGCAAGAUUGACAACAAGCUGGAAAUUGUGGCGGUGAAAUCGGGCUCGACAACGGAGACAACGUUGAUAUACAUGACAAAGCAGUAGAAGCCGGUCCAUUUGGGAUACGAAGGGGUCAAAAUAUGUCAUUACAUAGUCUAUAAGCCAUGGGUGUACAUACCUUUCAGGAAGGCGACUGAGACGACUCGCGGCGGCAAACUGAAAUUUG